UUCCAAUUUGUCUGCUGACGGAUUUGGAAUCAUAUCCAAAUAGCUAUUCAAGGGGGUACGUCGACAUCGGACACAUCGAUAAAUAAUGAAGCCGAGUAUUUCCUAGAAACAGCAUUGAACUAGUUGGAGGAUUACCUGGACACUAGCUUCAAUGCUAUUCUCGACUCUUGACGGCCAUGAUUCGCUGCGAGUUUCCGCUCGCCCACGAAUAUCUGAUCGAGAACUGUCACGGCGUUUUCGCGCGAACAAAAAAGCAUAAUGCAGCCGCGGCAGCGCAUUCUAUUCGCAUCUCGGUACCCGACGAUCAAUGACAACGCCUUCUUUUCUGUCGCUCGAGGCAACCAAGAUGGCUGUGGCCGCCUCUCGUCGCCGCUUGAUUGUUGUUGGGCCAUGACCUCGCCAUUCACGAUUCGCACAACUGCUAGUAGCGCAAAGCCGUCCAUUUCUUGCACCUGUGACGCAGGUCGCCUCUCGGGGUUUGCGUGCCGCGCUGCUGCCGCUGUUACUGGCCGUCGAGCAGGAGCGAGCAGAUGUGACCAGACAUAUUGCAGCGAAUGGGUGUGGCCGGCAUGCUCUUCAAGACCGCACUCGGUCAGCUCCUCUUGGUGCCAGUUCGUGUGGAGGCGGCCUUGGUGGAUCCCCCAGCCUAUCAGGGCCUGGGAGGCCAUCACGGUCGGACGUUCUGCAUCUUGCCCCCAUCCCCGUUGGGCAGCAGGCGGCAUGCACCGCGCCCACUGUGAACGGCAAAAAGCCCAGUUGGGCGCGCGACCCCCAGAUCACGGCUUUCUCAACUUGAUUGGACCCUUUACAAUACAUCGACUCGCGGUUACGAAGAGCCAGAGCGUGCAGGCAACGGCUAGUUCAGCCUCUAGUUCAUGUGUGCGAGUUGUAGCCUGGGAACAGGCGCAACACGACGGAUGAGAGAUACCUGAGUUCCGCUCCCUUGAAGUGACCUGUUUCCCACUCUCUUCCGUCAAGGACCACAUGAAUGGGGAGGA